GGUACCGGGAACCGAAUGCCAAUUUAUUUUUAACCAGAGUUCAGGAGGCCAACUUCAGGAGCAGAGUUCUACCGAGCAGGAAGUAACAUGCCUCGGUAGAUUUUCAGAUGGAAGAGUCGGAUUUAACGUCACUCAUUUUAUACCUCAAAACUGCACAGUUUCUACAGGCUGGCGGGAGGGGUGAAAUGGUUUCUGCCACAGCCAAACCUUCAGGUUUACACCCGCAGGUCUCGCCCGGACGGAAGUCCCUAACAGGAAGUAGCAUUAGCGGCGGAGUCACGUGUCACCCAAACAUGGCUGCACCCUGGCAAGUGGAGCAAAGGUUGCAGUAAUCCGCGGCGUGCUGGAGGAGAAACGCGGGAGGCGAGUCUAAGGUGGUAGCAUUCCGGAAUAAGGCUCAAGAUGGAAAAUCACAAGCCAGAUGAUACUAAGGAAAACUUAACUGAUAUUAUAGCCAGAAAAAUUAACCAACUUCCAGAAACAGACAGGAAUCUACUUGAAUAUGGUUCAGCAUAUAUUGGACUUAAUGCUGCUUUCUGUGGUCUAAUAGCGAACAGUCUUUUUCGGCGCAUCUUGCAUGUGACAAAGGCUCGUAUAGCUGCUGGCUUACCAAUGGCAGUGAUCCCAUUUUUGUCAGCAAGUACCUCUUACACAAGUUUUGUAAGUUUACCUCUGAGUACAGGUGAUUUGAAUUGUGAAACCUGUACCCUGACACGGGCUGGACUGAUUGGUUUAGUUCUUGGUGGUCUGUACCCGACUUUCUUGGCUAUACCUGUGAAUGGUACCCUAGCAGCCAGGUACCAAACAGCCCUGCUACCAGAGAAAGGAAACAUCUUAACGUACUGGACUAGAAUAUCCAAGCCUGUCUUUAGAAAGAUGUUAUUUCCCUUUUUACUUCAGACUGUGUUUGCAGCGUACCUUGGGUCUAGACAAUAUAAGCUACUUAUAAAGGCUCUUCAGUUGCCUGAACCAGGUCUAGAAAUUAACUGAUUUUUAAACAAAUAUGUAUAUAAAAAUAAAACUGAAAAUAACCUGUCUCUAAUGUUAAAAAUAAACAUAGAUUUAUAAUUUAACACAUGAGGUACAAGGCUACAUAGGGCAACAAAAGGCUAACUCUCAGUAAAAACUAAUCACUUAAACAAGCAUAGACAGGGGUUGUCCUCUGUGGUAGUGCUUGCCUCCCAUGCAUGAAGCCCUGGGUUCAAUCCCUAGCACUGUGCCAAAAAAAAAAACAAAAAAAACCCCUAAUUUCUCUGUAGUUUGCUCAACACUGUCUUUUCCAUCUUGCUUGUGCCACUCCUUUACUUCAGGCAUUGAUUUUGGUUUAUAAUGCAAAAGGAAAAGCUAACCAUACAGCAGCUUUCACUGAUGACUUCCCAAAGCCAGACAGAAAGGAAAAAGAUGUCAAUAUAGCAAAUUUACAUAUGCAUCAUUUUCUCAGCUCAGUAUUACAUAAGAUUGUUAAUCCAUAAAAUCCUAGAAUAUAUUUAAUAACCUUCACAAGAGACCAACCCAAUCUACAUCCUUGGAAGGUUCUAGUUUUAUAAGAUUUAGACAAAGUCCAUUUGAAGCUUCCAGAUAUUUUAGGACAGUUCUUUAGAAUCACAGACAUAAGCCUUUUUUCCGUGUAUGAUAUUAGACACUAACAUCUGGGUACUAAACACUUAGUACCCUUAUCAGUAACCUCACUGAAGGCAGAUAUUGCAUAGUAAGUUGCUAACAUUGCACCUGACAAACCAAGUACUAAAAUAGCCAUAUCCCUUGUGUUGUUCCUGGUUUACUUCCUGAAAUAUAUUAUGGAUUCAUUUCCUUAGGUCAUUUAAAUUUUUGAAGUGAUCUGCUAUAUCCUCUUUCCAAACAUUUCUCAUCCUAGUUCUUUCUUUUUUGUGGCAGUGUCUAAAUCAGCCUUGUCCAACAGUACUUUCUGUGACAGAAAUGUUUUGUAGCUAGUCAGUGUUAGGCACUAGCAAUAUAGGUUUUAAGCAACCGCAUGGGAAUACACAGCUACGGUAGCAGACAGUGCACUGGUCUAGAUCAACACUUUAAGAAAGCCAGUCACCACAGAAGAGUACAAAACAAAAUCUUAAGUUAUCUUCCUGUAUCAUAUUCAUGAGUACAUCUUACCUAGUCCUCUCAAAUAUAGUGACUUAUCUUAAUAUUAUGCUACCUAAUAUUCUAUAAAGAAUUCAGAAAAGGCAGCUUUGCAAGAUUAGAAAAAAAUAAAGCAGUGCUGCCAGAGAUUUAAAGUUCAAGUAAAAUUAACAAAUUUUCAGUUUUUCUGAAAACAAGAUUUAUUUUUUCAAUAGACACAUAACAUGUAUUUUCUACCAAACUAAUAUAUGCACAAAGAGAAAGAUAUGUCAAAAUGUUUACUGUAGAUAUCCUCUAGGUUAUAGUUACAGGUGAUUUUUUUUGCUUUAUUUGUAAUUUUCCAAUCUUUCUAUAAUAAAUGUGUUUGACUCUCACAGCUAAGGAAAAAGCAAAUAUAUGUAUAUAUGCAAACUAAGAUACCAAGAUAAAGGCUCUGGUUCAAAGUUGUCCAUUUCAGCUACAUUCUAUUGAGUUCUAUUUAUCACAUUUUAAAAAUUCCCUCAAAAAUAAAUUCAGAUUACUGACUUGGACUCCUUAGGAAUACAUAAUGAUACAACCAACUUAGAUUAACUGAAAACCCAAUGGUAUAACUAAGCUGUUUGAAAUACUCCCAAAAUAUUUACUCCCGAGCAUACCAUCUGUAAAUGGAUAUAAGCAUUGCUUCUGUAACGAAAAAGAUUUCUAACAUCUGUUCUCUGCUACAUGUUUCUUAAAUCAUCUUUUCAAAUUAAUAGAAAUGGGCAAUUUAAACAAUAAACCAGCUUUAUUGUGGAUAAA